CAGAUCUAUUCCCAGUUUUUUUUCCCUACAUCAUAAUUAAAUGAUGGUGGAGCAAUUCUUGGGAACCUGGAAACUAACCUUGAGUGAAAACUUUGAUGACUACAUGAAAGAACUCGGAAUAAGCUUUGCCCAAAGACACUUGGGUUCUCUAGCUAAACCCAAAGUAAUCAUCACUACGGACAAAGAUGUCAUCACCAUCAGAACAGAAACUAUCUUUACAGUUAAUGAGAUCUCCUUCCAACUGGAUGAAGAGUUUGAGGAAAGAACAAUAGAUAACAGGCUGGCCAAGAGCAUUGUAACAAAGGAUAAUGACACCCUCAUUCAUAUACAGAAAUGGAAUGGCAACCAUACUACUAUCAAAAGAAAAAUAGUAGACGGAAAUAUGGUGUUGGAAUACAUCUUGAAUGAUGUGAUUUGUACCAGGGUCUACAAAAGAGUAUAAGACAAUUCUUUCCCAGGUUACGUUUUCCUGCUUCUUAUCCUUCAAGUGAUGUCAAUGUUAACUGUGGUGCUC